AUGGAAUGGUUUCUCAAUUUCUUUUUUCUUCUAUUCUCUUUCGGUUUUUUUCUUCAGUUUUUCAUCUUAAUAGAUUUCUUUUUCCUAUUCUAUAUUUUCUUUUUUCCUUAUUUUUCAUAUUAUUCAUGCUUUCUUUCAUUUCUCUCUCCUAUUUUUCUAUGUUUUUCAUUACUUUCUUUAUUCCCUAUAUUUUUCAUUCACUUUACAUGUUACUCUUUUUCUUGUGUUUUCUUUUCUUUUUAUUUAUCUGUUGUUGUUCUAUUUUCUUUUUCUUUUCUUUCUUUUGUCUUUUUCCGUUUCAUUUCUUAUUUCUUCUUACUUUUUUCUUUCCUUCUUAUUAUUUUAUUCUCCUUUUUUUUCUUCGCACUCUUUUUUCUUUUCUGUUUCCUUAUAAUUUUUUCUUUUCUCUCUCGUAAUCGAUCUGCUUCUUUUUGGCCUUUUAAUUCUAUUGUUCUUCGAUUUCUGCUGUUUUCAAUUGUUUCUACCUUUUCUUUGUUUUUCUUUCUUUUUUCUUUUUUUGGUUUGCCUUUUGGUUUCAAUAUGGCGUCAUUCAAUGGUGUGAGUCAGGACCUGACGGAAGCUUGA